AUGGAUUCCACGAUGACAAACAAGAACACCAAGAAGAUGAGUGAACCCGAGAAACCGCCAAUGAAACUAUUGGAGCUCCCGCCCGAGAUCUUCAAAGACAUCAUCCACGAGAUAGUCGCCAAUGUAGGGCCUGGAGAAGCCUUGAAGAUGCGUUCGACUUGCCGCACCUUUGCUGGCAACAUACUUCAUGAACUCUGCUCGAACUACUCAUGGACCUAUAGCAGGUUGCACAAAUACGCGAAGUUCGCCGAGGACAACAUGAGCUCGAUUCUCUUCAACCAGACCGAGCGCCUCGCUGGAGCCCACCCUGAUCUUCCUAACAAGAUCAUCGCCAUGGCCGAUUGGAUCAGCCACGAGCAAGACGACCGUUACCCGAACCACCCGUGGUUUGACGUCGCCAAAUCACCCCUGAACUACUAUGAUAAACUUGCAGUGGCAGCUGAGGUCGGAAACACGUCGUUGGUGAAGCCUCUCAUAUCGAAGUCGGACUUCCGGGCGGUACGUGGAUACCAAAUCUUCGGUGAUGGAUUGCGAAUCGCCGCCACCAUGGAGAACCUCGAGUUUGUCCAAAUUGUAUCUGACUACUUGGACGCGAUCAAAGGGGAUAAUUCUUCCGACUAUCAACGUCUUAUCCAUUACCUUAGACACGGUGACGAUAUAGAUCAGUAUGGGCAGACGCCCCUGGUGACGGCGAUUGAGUACGGAGACAGGGACAUCGUAACAGCUGUCCUAAACGCUGGCGCAACGAUCGGCGGUGUCGAGCCCCAGUACCUUAAAGAGCGGACCAAAAAGACCCCCCCAGUCGUUCUAGCUGCUGAGCUCGGGAAGGAGGGUACCGUCGAGGUAAGUUUUUUCCUUUCGCAUGAAUGGCGCAAUGUUGUGAAGGGAGACUAA